AUGGCCGGCAAAGAUACGCUGUAUUCUCAGGGGUUCAAUUUCGGUAGUUUUGUCCAAGAUGGUGUUGACCCUCGCACCGGGCAAUUCACGUCCUCCAUCACGUUGUAUGAGACUCCGGCCGAGAUCCGCAACUGCAUCUCGUUCAAGCUGGUCCUGAAGUUUAGUCCUUCCAACGCAGAAGAUAUCGGCUUCGGCAAGGGGUGGUCACUCAACCUUUCCCAAUAUCAUCAUUCCAGUCCUCGCAGUCUCGCCCUCUCUACGGGCGAGCACUAUCAGGUCGUGGUGGAUGGCGGCGAUCUCAGCGUCGUAGAUCUGAAGCUUCAAAAGUUCACGUUCAAGAAAAAGGGGUCUGACUUCCAGAUCGCCCACAAAGACGGCCGGGUCGAAAUUCUGUCUAACCAUGACAACACCUGGAAUUACAGCGUCCCCACGAGACUUUAUGCACCGAAUGGUCGUCUGCUGGAGCUGAAGUGGACUGCCGUCAAAGGGCAGCCGAGACUGAGGGAGAUACUGGAGGACUCGGAACAGCUUUUGGUGAUUAACUACGGUGAUCCAAACGUUGAGAUAGUGCGUGCCCCAAGGUCCGCCGAGCCUGUAACGUUUACAGCCUUGAUGAAGAGCGGCAAACUGGCGGAAUUUUGGCUACCGUUAAAAGACAAGCCCAGACCCAAGUGGGUGUUUGCUUACGAAACUUAUGGCAAAAACACCUGUCUUUCCACCAUCACAAGCCCCAUUGGCCUUGUUGAGACGGUGAGAUACAAGCCGAAUGGCCAUAAACUGCCAAAGGGAGGGCCCUCAGAGGCCGUUCCGUACGUCAUCCAACACAUAUCAGAGCCCGGUAACCAACAACCCGCGAUCCGGACGCUCUAUAGCUAUUCAACUACCAACUUCCUGGGCUACGGUGGUGUAGACAGCUGGAAGAGUGGGCAAGAUAACUUGUACCGUGUAAGAGACGGUUACACAUACAAUGCCACAGUCUCCGCUGAUGGCGGCCAAGAGACUACAUAUACCUACAACAAAUUCCAUCUACUCAUCAAGUCGCAGCAAGUGAAGAGCGGAAAGCAAAUCACACAAUCCAUUACCUACCACGCAAAAGAAAAUGUAGCUUUUGAGCAUCAACUCCCUCAAUUUCAGCUGCCAAAGACUGUUGUGACAAACUACCGCGAUCUCUCAGACCGAACCCUGUCUCGGGAUGAGCAGACUCAACAUGAUUUUGACAAAUGGGGAAACCCUACCAUGGAUAUCCAGACAAACGGCGUCCGAACGGAUCGUGUCUACUACCCACCCAGCGGUGAAUCUGGUAGCUGUCCAGCUGAUCCACAUCUCUUCCAACGACAUCUCAAAGAGCAGACUGUUACGCCGGCCAGAAAGCCUGAUCCGGCUCCAGUGCGAAGCACUCGUCACACAUAUGACGAGAUGCCCACAACAUCGGGAGCACCGGUAUCCUCAUUUGUCGUUAUUCAAAAGUCUACCAUUUCUCAAGACAACAAGGCCAUCAGCAGCAUCGAACGAGAUUAUGUUUCUAAGCCUGGAGAGAGGGACCAUGGUCGUCUCCGGCAGAAGACAACGACCAUGAUGGUAUCUGAGAAUCGGGUAACGGUGCAGAACUGGACCUACCGAUACACGGCGGAUAAGACGCUCGCUAUAACCGUGAAAGAACAGGGCUUUGACGGCUGUCAGAUGGAGGAGGAAAGGAGCUACUCUUUGGAUCAUGGGCUGGCAGUGACCCAAGUCGACCAAGCAGGGACCCAAACCAACUUUACAUAUGACGGGAUUGGCCGCAUAAUACGCACAACUGUCUCUCCAAAUACCUCUCACGAGGCAACACAGACAAUCGAUUACACCACGUCAUCCAGCACAGCAGGAUACACCAAGACGGUGACGGAUGUGAAGAAGGUGAAGACCCGACACAUCUUUGACGGCUUACAAAGGCUCUGCCAAAUCGAGAAGCAAGAUGAUGACGGCGAUUGGGAUACAAGCGGCACCUACACAGGCACUUUUCGCCCGGUGCAGCAAAAGAGUUACGAUACUCUCGGCCAGUGCAAUCAGAUGGUCAAGAUCGAUUGGAUGAGAGCUCCAGAUGGGCCCAAGAAGCAGUCCACCACUUAUCGCUACGAAUAUGACGGCUGGGGACAAGCAUGCAAGGUAGCUGAGAGCGACGGCGUUGUCACUUUGGUUGCCAUAGAUCCCAUUUCUCAGACGCAAACAGAGGGUGUCGAGGGCUUGGGCAAGAAGAGAACCCGCGUCGAGCCUGGAGACGUCAUCGUUCAGGCAUCAUUGCUCGAGAAAGAUGAUACACUCUAUACCAGCGUCGAUUAUGCCAAUGACGGCCUAGGUCGGAGAGUACAGGAGAAGAAUGGCAAGGGCCAAGUUACGCAGUUCUCUUAUGAUUGGUUCGACCGUGUAAGCAAAACAACUUGGCCCGAUAACAGCAUUGCAAGGACGCAAUACGCGGACCACAGCGCAGACCCUCUUCCUAUAUCGAUCCAUGUUCAGGAUGAUAUCGCGGGCAAGCAGUCCUAUGACGGAUUGGGCCGCGCGAAGACAAAAGAUACUGGAGGACGCACCACUAGCUAUUCAUAUAAAGGAAGCUCUCCGAAACCUUUCAGCAUAACGAUGCCGGAGAAAACCGAGGCCACCCUGACCUACGAUGAUGCUUUAGGCUAUGCUCUCAAGGACUUAACUAUGCCCUACGACCAGCAAACUUUUGAUUAUAACAAGAAGACAGGUGAACUGAUACAAAGCCAAAACUCAUAUUGCACUGAGAACCUGAAAUAUCUGCCAUCAGGCCUGCUGGAGACUGAAGACAUUCGCCUCGGGCAGGGAAAAGUUCUGUCAACACUGCAUACCUAUUCCAUGAACGGCAGACUUCAAAAGUACUCCAACGCACACAGCCAAACACAAGAACUCAAGUACGAUGAACACGGCCGGCUCAAACAGCUAUUGCAAGGUCCGCUCACAGUGACACUCGACUACGACAAGGCAAGUCGGCCAUGGAAAAGCAGCGUCCAUGACAGCCAAAAGGGGUCGAGCCUUGCAACGGAAAGUGUCUUUGAUGACUUUAGUCGUGAGCGCGAGCGCACUCUGAUCCAAGAUUCAAAGCCCCUGUACAAGUUGAUCCAGGAUUAUGAUGAACUAGACAAGCUAAAGACUCGCGAACUGAGGGACGGUGAUGGCAGCUCGUUGCGGCAAGAGACUUUUGACUAUGAUAACAUGGGCCGACUUUUCGACUACCAGUGCAAAGGCAGCCAGCUUCCUGUUGAUGAACGUGGGCGUCAGCUACGGCAUCAAACCUACAGCUUUACAACUACAGGGGGAAUAGCAAAGGUCGCUUCAGAAUACCAAGAUGGCAGUCAAAAUAUUGCCGUCUACACGUACAGCGAUAGUGACCCUGACCAACUCAUCCACAUCACAAACACUCACGCCGGUGAGCUUGGAGAAAUCACUCUCGAGUACGAUGCCAAUGGCUGCUUAACUCGAGACGAGCAAGGCCGAAUACUAGAAUACAACUCCAUGGGUAGCCUCACGGCGGUCAAGAGCUCUGAUGGAUCGACAGUUCUCAGUCGGUACCGGUACGAUGCCCGCGCCAGAUUAGUCUGCCAGGAGGUGCCCGGCAAGCCAGAUUACCAUCUAUAUUACCGAGGCAGUAGCCUCGUUGCUGCCACCAGCGGUGAUGCUCAGCUCAGUUAUGUAUCUGACGGAGUCUCCUAUUGGGGUCAGAUCCUCCAAGAGAAUGGACAAACGGCAACUUCACUGUGGGCUUCCGAUGCUCAUCAGUCGACCAUUGCAAUGCUGGACACGAAUCAAUCCAGCCAGGUUCACACCCAGUGGUAUACGCCUUACGGCUUCAGCAAGGCCGGGUCUGCCAUCGCUUGGAACGGUCAGUGGAGAGAUCCAGUCACAGGCUGGUAUCAUCUUGGCAACGGAUACCGCGUUUAUAACCCGGUGCUGAUGCGCUUCCACACCCCUGAUACCUGGAGCCCCUUUACUUCUGGAGAGAUCAACCCCUACGCCUACUGCCUUUGCGAUCCCAUCAACCGGGUGGACCCCACUGGUCACUCGAGCGAUGCUGCUGGAGAUUCCAAAAAGAGAAGCAUAGCCCAGCUGAUUGUUGGCCUAGUCGUUAGCAUCUUAGUAGCCAUCUUCACAGAGGGCGCAUCUCUGGCGGUAGAGGCUGGAAUUCUCGUGGGCACCGGCAUCGCCUCUGACCUGGCAACCGGCCUCAUAUACGACGCUGCUUCAGGAAAGGGGCCGACUUGGGAGAGCGUAGGAGACGAUGCUCUGUCCAGCACCAUUGGCAACAUCGUCGGGUUCGGCGUAGCCAAGGGGGCAGGGAAGCUCUUCAAGUCGAUUGGAGAGACGAUCGACCAGCUCCUGGAGGGCGCUGCAAAGAUACGGCACGCCGGCGGAGCGAGAACUCUUCCUAAGUGGCUGUCUAUUGAAAGAAGGGGGGAAAACUUGACUGAGAAGGGCAGGGCCGUACGGAGAGCCCGAAUAGAAGCCAUCGACAGACGACUAAGCAGCCUCUCAGAGCAGCCGGAAUGGCAAUGGGUGGAUUCGAGACUGAAAGAAAGUGACAUAAAUUUGACUUUGGCCGACAAAACAGCCUGGAAGAAGUAUCAUAAUUUCCGAAGGUUGAUUACAGAGGACAGGCUUCAUCCGAAGAUUGCCGCCGAACACCUUGGCGGGUCGGAUUAUGAGCCGAUUACCCCAAAGCCGACGCACACUAUCAGGCUGUCACAAGGUCAUCGGCUCUAUUUUCUUUUGGAUCAACAGAAUCGUGUAGUAACCAUAGAUCAGAUUGGAAAGCAUCGAUAG